AACGCAGAGGUGUGAUCAUGCUGAACACCAUGGGCUAAUAUUACUUGGAUUAUUUUAUAUUCUCGUAUCCUUUGAUUCUGAAACAUGUGUUGUCAAAGCUGUUUAAAAAUUAAUUCGUUAUGGAGUUGGGAUUCUAUGGUGACAUCUAAUCGACUUAUUUACUAAAUUAAUAACAUAAGGUCGGUGAAAACAGUUUCGUGUCAGAAUAUUUCUCAAGAUAGCACACUUCUGCUCGUAGUUUCCGGUAGUUUGUGUGUCGAGUUUUUCUUUCAAGUUGAUCGUCUGCUGCAGAUGGAACCUGACAAAACUCCGUACAGGACACACUCCUUUGAAGUGGAACAAAUAAAUCGAAACAUCUCGAUUUACAAGAGACACCCGACUACUAAGAUGUGCAGAGAGUCGAGAUGGCCCUAUACUGACCAGUUGACUCCACAGGAGAUCGCCUGUUUGAGGGACAGUUACUGUGGACGCAGAAAGAAAAAAACCUGUGUGGAGUACGUGUCCAACUAUGACAGGAUCAACAACCCGGUCAUGGGCUACGACCAGAGGCUGCUGAAGGACAACAUGUUUCACAAGCCUACGGUCAUGAUCUCCGCCAGAAAAGAGGAAAUGACUCGCAAGGUCAAUGUGGAGGUCAACAUGAGUUAUGGCCGGUAUAGAGAUUACAUGAUCGACAAUGUCAACCUUCUGUAUCCCCGGGAGUUCCUGUGUCACAAGCAGUUCACCAGAGGCAACGGCAUGAGGACCUUACCUCCCCUGAAUGUUGUCGACCAACCCAGAUCGGCCCUCCCUGAUAAACAAAACCAAUAAACUUUGAAUUGGCUUUUUUUU